AUGACCGAUUUCGCGUCAGAGGUACACGUUGACGAUUCAGAACCGUGGCACGUGUAUCUAAAUAAAAAUCCUCCCAACACGCAUCAUUUGUUGCAAACGCUGACGCACGAGAUUGGCCACGCUUUGGGUCUACAACACAGCAUGCGCAACAACUCGAUAAUGUUUCCAUAUAUACCCGAUAUCGAGAAUCAAUUUCCGGUUAAGCUGAGCAUAGAGGAUAUUCUGGCUAUACAGAAUCUGUACGGGUCUCACAACGACGGAAACUAUCCAACGGCGACUCCCACGACUACCGCGGCGCCCGCUACGACGAGUGUCGCGCCAAUUGACCCCGCGCGCGCGGAUCUCUGCGCUUUACGGCGCGUGGACGCCGCGCUGAUAAUGAAUUUUGAACCUCCAAUCAUGCAAUUUACAAGCGUUCUCUAA